CAGGAAAUCAAAAAGAGAUUGCAUUGAGGGAUUUCACACAUUUUACACAUGUUGGAUUUUUUAAAGCCUGAUUCUGAUAGUUUUAAGAUCUGAUUGUUUUUAUGCAAAAAAUAAAAGAAACAGAUUAGGGAUUUAGUAUUUCUCCACCAAAAUUACAUACCGGCAGUGUAGAUGAACAACAUGAAUGAAAAGUUAAAUGAGAAAAGAAAAUGUGACAUUUUUGGCACUUUUAAAAUAUUCUAUUGGAGAAACAAAGCUGGCAAGUCAAAAUGUUCCUAUGUGGGUGGGGUUAUGUUGGGGAGUAUUUCUAAUACCAGGCUACAGCUCUGCCUGUAUUGUUUGUUUAUUUAAAUAUUGAAUUUGGGCUCAGGUCAGUGUGAUGUGUCCCAGCUCACACUCUCACUGCAAGGAUGCAGGUCGUAUGCUGCCUUCUGGAGCCGUGGGAAAGUCUUUGAACACGUAGGAACGUAAAAUACAAAUGAAAUAAUCUACUGUAUUUGAGUCUGUGUAAAGACUGUAGAGGAGAAAGUAAGGAGGCCAUGACAAAACAAAACGCAAAGGUGAUGCAUGUCUUACAAUGUGUGGAUUAAAUACAAGUAAACUGAUCAGCAUUAUUAAUGUGUCCACUGUGUUUUUAACUCGCUAAAUUCUGCCACCGAACCAUAAAAUAACCCGCUAUAUUUCUAGAAAAGGCAACUUAAGCACCCGCUUCUGUAAAAGCGUGGGAGCUCUUGUGGGUAUUUGUAUUUACAAUUACCGAGUUCAAGAAAGAAGAGUUUCCCAGUGGCCCUGAAGGCAGCACACAGCAGUGAGUUGCUGAUGCUCGGAGACUCGGGGGUUGGGAAGACUUGCAUGUUGCGCAGGUUCACAGAAAGUGAAUUUGAUCCUUCACAUAUUUCCACCAUCGGAGUCGAUUUUAAAAUGAAAACACUAGAAAUAGAUGGAGUCAAGGUGCGAGUACAAAUAUGGGACACUGCCGGUCAGGAACGUUAUCAGACCAUUACCAAGCAGUACUACAGACGGGCACAGGGUAUCAUCUUUGUAUAUGACAUCACAAGCAAGCCAUCAUUUCAGCACCUGGCGAAGUGGGCCAGUGAUGUGGAUGAAUGCGCCCCAGGCACGGUGCAGAGGAUUUUGGUAGGAAACAAGUCUGAUGAGGAGCACAGGAGGCAGGUGACAAAAGACCAAGGAAGCAAGCUAGCAGAAACUUAUGGGAUGGAGUUCUUUGAGACCAGUGCCUCCACCAGCAGUAACAUCAGUGAGUCCUUCACUCGUGCGGCAGAACUGGUGCUGCAGGCUCACAAGAGAGACGUGGACAGCUUGUUGGGAUCUCUAGAUGAUUAUCUGGAGAAGGCCGCUUUGGAAGAAGAGAAGGGCAGUCAAGAUAAAGACGACAACACUCAGAGGACCUGUGCCUGUUAGAGAGAGGGCCCUCAUGGCUCAUACUGUAGCUAAAGACAUUUGUUCCCCUCUGUAACUUGACGCUGCCCUCCUCCGCCUUCUUCAGAGAUAUUGUGACAUGUUGGCCAGGAGGGUGCUCGAUUGUUUUCAUUUUUUGCAAGUCGGUGACGUUACAUGGUGGUAAAUGCAGUUAGCCUCAGCAACCAGCCGAGGGCCAAUCUUGUCGCAUCAUCACUGAACUCUGUAGCCAGUGAAGAGUAUAUCUGCAGUGCAUGAAGGCAGCUCUGCAACCAUGUGCUCCAGCAAAACUAUCAAUAUACACACUUUCUUCAUUUUCUGUGGUGAAAUGCACUAUACAUCUACUUCAUCAGUUUACUGUAUUCCAUCACCUUUGCUUGUUAGUUUUUAAAAUUUUAUUAUCAGACUACACAUCUACAAAUUGAUUGGUAAUGUGUGGAUCCAUAUCAAAGAAAUCUGUUUAUUAAGUUGCACUGAGUCUAUAUGCGGUAUGCAACAAGGUAGCCAGAGGACAGAGUUGAAUUAUUUACACCUCGAAACUCAAACCAAGCAGGGGUGGAUUUGUUUACACAAUGGACUUAUUUCCUCAUGGGAGACAGUGUUGUGCCAUGUUCAGUUACCUUUCUGAAUACAAUCUUUACAUACCAUCUUAAAUGUAUAUGUACAGUUUGUUUUAUGAAUUUGACCGGUGUUUGCCUACUGUAUGUUAUGCAUUUAAGCAGUGUCACUGCUGCUUAAAUGCAUAAUUCAGGGUCUGUUGAGAUGCCACAGAUAUGUAAUUUUAAUAUAAUGUUUGAAACUCAAGGAUGUUGAAAGAAAUCAAGCUAUGUAUGUGUAAGUUAAUAAAUUGAAAUUGUCAUAUUAAAAACGAAUUAAUUGGGUA